AUGUCUGUAUUAGUUACUGGUGCUACUGGGUUCAUUGCCCUACACAUUGUUGGCGAUUUGCUAGACCAAAAUUACAAGGUUAUUGGUACCGUGAGAUCUGAGGCAAAAGCUGAUAAGUUGAAGAGACAAUUUGGCAAUAAUCCAAAUUUUGUCACUGAAAUCGUUGCAGACAUAGCAGCUCCCAAUGCAUUCGAUCAUGUAUUGCAAAAAUACCACAAAGACAUCAAAGUCGUUCUGCACACGGCUUCACCUUUCCACUUCCAGUCUACUGACUAUGAGAAGGAUUUGCUUAAUCCAGCCGUCCUUGGUACUAAGAGUAUUUUGGAGUCUAUCAAGAAAUACGGUGCCGACACAGUAGAGCGUGUUGUCAUAACCUCGUCAUUUGCUGCAAUCAUGGAUGUACGUACCGUUAACGAUCCUUCCACUACCUAUACUGAAGCUGAUUGGAACCCGGACACUUGGGAGGGUUGUCAAGCCAAUCCUAUGACUGCAUACUGUGGAUCCAAGAAAUUUGCUGAGAAAACAGCUUGGGAUUUCUUGGAAGCUAAUAAGGACGUACUCAAAUUCAAGUUGGCUACCGUUAAUCCUGUGUAUGUUUUCGGUCCUCAAAAGUUCGACGAGGAUGUUACCGAGCAUUUGAACACAUCCUGUGAAGUUGUCAACGGCCUAUUACAUUCAUCAGCAGAUGUCCCAGUGAACAAUCAAAUUCGUGGUCAGUAUAUUGAUGUCCGUGAUGUAUCAAAAGCCCACUUGUUGGCAUUCCAGAAGGAGAAUACCAUCGGCAAGAGAUUAGGUCUCAGUGUUGAGAGUUUUGUCUGUCAAGAUGUAGUUGAUAUCUUGAACGAAGAUUUUCCAACACUGAAGGGUAAAUUACCAACCGGAGAUAGAAAGGCAGCUGAUGCUAUUGCUUUCUCUUCUUUCGACACCUCUGAAUCCAAAAAGAUCUUGGGCUUCAAAUUCAGAACCUUGAGAGAAACCGUCGAUGACAUGACCACUCAAAUUUUGAAGAAGGAGGGAAGGUUAUAG